GCUGUUCACGGUGGCGGUGGAUGCCAUUAACCACCUCAGCGGGGUGGAGGCUCCGGUGGGGGAGAAAGGCGGGGGCUUCGACAUGAAGGCUCUGAGGGCCUUCAGAGUCCUCCGGCCCCUCAGACUGGUCUCCGGGGUCCCCAGCCUCCAGGUGGUGAUGAACUCCAUCCUGAAGUCCAUGCUGCCUCUGUUCCACAUCACCUUACUGGUCCUCUUCAUGGUCACCAUUUACUCCAUCAUGGGGCUGGAGCUCUUCAAGUGCAAAAUGCACAAGACCUGCUACCACACGGGCACAAGUACGGCGGGAAACGGCCGGCGCUGCACCAUAAACGGAACCGAGUGCCGGGCGGGGUGGCCCGGUCCAAACGGGGGAAUCACCCACUUUGACAACCUGGGUUUCUCCAUGCUCACCGUCUACCAGUGUAUCACCACACAGGGGUGGACGGACGUGCUCUACUGGGUCAACGAUGCAAUCGGGAUGGAAUGGCCAUGGAUCUUUUUCACUACUCUCAUCCUCGUUGGCUCUUUUUUUGUGCUUAACCUGGUUCUUGGUGUUCUCAGUGGAGAGUUCACAAAAGAGCGCGAGAAGGCCAAAUCCAGAGGAGAAUUUCAGAAACUGAGGGAAACCCAGCAGCUGGAUGAAGACCUCAAGGGCUACAUGGAGUGGAUUUCGCAGGCCGAGGUCUUAGACAACGAUCAAGAGAGA